GAAUCAAGACUAGAACCUGGCAUGCCUCAAAGAAAUGCAUUUCGACCCUCACCGCCUCCCGUCCCGGCCCAUGGUUGUCAAGGCAACAGUCAGCGUCCUCCAUGUUAAGAACUUCCAGUAAGAAACGGACAAUUGUCGGCCUCCCAGACGCACCAGACAAUGGGUGACCUCUCCUGUGAGACCCAGCUAGAGGAGCUGAUGCACCAGAUCGACAUCAUGGUGAACAGUAAGAAGGUGGAGUGGGAGCAGCAGGUCCUUGCGCUGGAGCAGAGACUCGAGACUCAGGAGCUGGAGCUGACCCAAACCAGAGGCGCCUUGGAUGAAAAAGACUAUGAGAUUGCAGCCCUCUCCAAAAAGCUGGAAGAAGCAGAUAAGAGUCAAUGUGAAACUGUGCAGAACUAUGAGCACCAGCUGGAGGCGCUGAAGAGUCAGCUUUGUAAAUUGAAGAAGGGUUAUGGUAAACUCCAUUAUUAUCAUAUGAAAAACCAUACGAGGGACAGCAUAGACGCUUCUCCAGACCACGAGAAAAGUCAGUCUGAGCUCCGGCGCUUGUCUCAGAAGCUUGAGGAAUAUAAAGAGCAGGCCAGAGAGUGGGAGACCCAGAGGCUGCGGUAUCAGAAUAAUAUGCAGAAGCUAAACGAGCAAAGGAAGGAUCUGCUGGAAAAAUGUGACUCUCUCCAGAAGCAGUCACAAAGCUGUCAGGAGCAGCUCUCGGGCAGGACACGGCUGCAGGACCAGGCAAUUACCAAUAACCAAAGUGAAAUCAGACGGCUGAGGUGCCAGCUCCACGCUUCUCAGGAGACUAUCAUCAGCGGCAGGGUCAUCAUUGAAAAUCUUAAGUCUACUGUAAAAGAAAUCACAUUAAGUAGGAACUUGCUGAAAGACGAGAAUCAGCGCCUCUUGCAGCAGCUGAGGGAUUGUCAGAAGCGAUGCCAGUUUCUUAGAUGUAAGGGUUUAACAACCUCACACAUCAGACCCAUCAGACAACCAAUCUCCUCUUUAUCACUUGACACCCAGAGGAUGGAGAGCAAACUCUUGACGAUUGAACUGCAGGCACAGGAAGACCUCUCGAGGGCUGUGGAGAUGGAUCAAAGGGAUCUGCACACAUUUAUUUUGCAGUAUUCUGAAGAAAAGAAGCUCAGCGCUCAGGAUUCGGACGUGUUCAUGAAGGAGAGGACGCCAAACAGGGAGAAAGUUCAAAAGAGAUUAAAGCUGUCUCUAUGUAAAGAGGAUCAGGAUGAAAAAGAUUUCUCCGUGAAAGAGAGUAGAAACUCCGGCCUUGAAAGGCUGCGGGCCGACGUCUCAAACCUGACUGAGAAGCUUCAUCAGAAGGACAUGACUAUAGCAGCCAUCAGCCAGAAAGUCUCCAGACUGGAGCGAGAGCUGAACUUGAAAGAGCAUGGAGAUGUGCACCAACAGGUCUUGAGAUCAGCAGAAGAGCCCUAUCCCUCACAUGACCCGACGCUGGAACCAGAGGUGGAGAAAGAACUGAAGAACUUUUUCACCGGGCACGAUCUGGAGGUUCUGCAGCCAGAGAUGAUGAAACCUGUUUCCUUGCAUAAAGAGAUUACCAGGAAACUGAGCCAAGGAACACAGAGCAGAUCAAUCGAGGAUGACGAGCAGACCCUGAAGAUGGCGGAUAAUGACACAAAUCAUAAUCUAAGCUGUGACCGCCUGCUACUGGACCAGGAAUGGCCUCAGUUGAAGAGUCCAACUCGGGAUGACCAUCCUGAGAUGGAUUUCAUCGACUUCUCCCUCCUAGUUUGUGAUCAGUCAGGAGACUUUACUGCAGUGCCGGGCCCAGAAGAAUCCUGUGUGUUGGCGGCAGAGCGCUUCCUGCAGGAGGAGAACCGACGAGCCCUGGACUUUGAGAAUCUCUUGAAUUCGCACAUUGAAGAACUGCAGCGAUAUUCUGAGCGCACGGUGAAGAGAUACUCAUCUACGCUACACUGACCACCACCCACCAUCUUCCCGAAAGGGACGGAGUAGAGAAUCCAGCUGUGGUCACGGUUUUCAAGAUCUCUGCUUUUUGUCCUUCAAUAAAAACCCUUAUUGUGUACUUCCACUGGGGUUAUGUGAUGGACACGCCAGAAUGCGGCUCGUUACAGUCCAGUUGUCAGAGGUAUAUGUCUUGUAACGAGCUGUGAUACCCCCUGGCAGUAAAUAAUAAAAGUUCCUAUUGAGUGACAGAAAGCAGAGAUUUUGAAAACCAUGCAAAAGUGAUACAGAAAAUCUACUGUCAAUUGAUCUAACUUUAUCAUUCAUGAUGAAUAACUUAUUUACUAAAACCAG